UUUCUAAUAACCAUGUCGGAAAACGAAACGGCUGAUGCGGACAAGGGAAUACGCGUUCUUGGUGACUAUCCAGUAUUAUUGGCUGGCGUGGUUUUCACGGGAUUCGCUUUAUUUAAUGGCUUGCGACUUUCACGAAUGCCUCUGGAAGCCAUUGGUUCACAACGCAUGAUGCGUUGGCGUAUCUACGGCCAAGGCGGUACACUGGCCCUUGCGAGCUACAUUGCUGCUGUCAGUUACAACUACGUCACAUCGAAGCGUUCACAAUAG